AUGAUGACAUGGCUUCCUCAUGAUUCACAAAAAACAAUUGAUGAUUUUUUUCAUUGUUGUCCAAAACAUUUAUGUAUAUCUGAAGUAACAUGGAGAACAGAUUUAUUUACAAAACGUGAUUAUCAUAAAACACUUUUAACAGAUUUUAUUGGUAAUGUUCGACGAACAGAAAUUGUUAAAUUAGAUAAUCAAUUAUUAGAUAAUAUAUUUAUAAAUACAACAAUAAAUCAAUCAUUUAAUAAACAAGAUGAAUCAAAACAAGAAUAUGCUUAUAUUUCACAAAUGCCAAUUUAG